ACUUUAUAUGUGAAUGAAGCAAGUGUCAUAGUGUAUAAUGAACCAGCAGUUAAUGGAGUUCUCCACAUUAUUAAUCAGGUGCUGGGCACAACAGCUGGUGUGUCAUCUGGUGCAGGUGAUAUUUUGGAGGUUUUAUCAGACUACCCAUAUUAUUCAAGAAUUAAAGAGAUGCUAAUUAACACUGGUGUUGCUCAAAUUUUACAAGAAUUAGAUUCGUACACAAUGUUUAUUCCAAGUAACAGCGCACUCAUGGGGAUUAACUUGAGUGAGCCUGAUUUGAAGUAUUCUAUCAUUGGUGGUCAGAAAUUGUUCUUUGAGCAGCUAAAUAAUGGCUUGCGGUUAGAAACAAUGCUUGGACAGAACUAUGAUGUCAUUAUCAGUGCUAUUAAUAGCAGCAUG